UAACCUCUAAGCCGUUCUCGUAUUACAAGUAGAAAUUUGUUGUUUAGGAUCUCAUAUAGGAAAGAAAACGUGAAUCGUGAUUAUUCGUAAUAUGUUAUAAAACGAACUACGCGAAAUUAAGAGGAUGAUUGAGUAGAACGUACGUAACGACAUUUUUUAGGUUAAGUAAUCCUUGUAUUUUUUGUAAGGGUCUUCUGCUAGACAGACGGCGCCACAUGCGGUUGGAAUCGUUGAAAAGAUUUUUAAUAUCGUACGAAAAAUUUGUAAAGGGUAUUAACGAUAACCUCGAACGUAAAAUGAUAUUACGUUAGAGAAAGGUAAUUGACUUCGGAGUCGUUGACUGACUUCCGGUUAAGACAAGCCCAUGUGGACGGCAGCAGGGGUGCCCUGAGUUCAGUACGCGUUUCGACCGUGCCUCGUGUAGUCUCUCGUUUUUGAUUCCCCCUCGUUAUUGUCUUUGAAAUUUAACUUAAACGGUAAAAGUCUCGAAAGUACUCUCAGAUAUAUAUCAUGGCGGAUUUAGAUGACUUCUUUGCGAAAAAGGAUCGGAAGAAAGCCAAGGGUAAAAAGUUCACUACGACCGAGGAGGUAGCAAAGAAGCUGGAAGAAACGGGUAAACGUUCGGAAAAAAUGAAAUCAAAAGAAAAACCAAUGAAUCCGGAAGGCGAGGAGACUCAACAAAUAGAGGACGAAGACGAAUGGAAAGAAUUCGAAGUAGAAGAGAAGAAAGAUCUAAGAGGUUUGAAAAUUGGAAACCUUUCAGUAAAAGAAACCAUCGACGUGGAAUCUGAUGAUGAACGAGAAACAGGCGACAAUAGUUCUGACGGAGAAAUUGGAGAAGGUAUGGCAAAAAUUGGGCCGUGGAAGAAACCAGAGGUGCCGCAACAACCAGAGGUGGUAGAAGAGGUAACGGCAACAGCAGCUGCUGCACCAGCUGCCCAAACGACAUCAACGUAUAGUUAUGUAGCACCGCAUUUGAGAAAUCCUGUAGCAAUGUCUGCUCCAAGACCACGAGCUAAAAACAUAGCGCCUGACAUUCAUAGCGAAGAGUAUUUUCCUACAUUGAGUUCCAGACCACAGAGCAAUGAAUCUACCGGUCCAUGGGGUCGACGAAAACGAGAAGAAGGUACAUUCGAGGAGGUUCGUAAUCGUGGUGGCAGCAGAUCUUACAGUAUCCAGGAGACACAGGCUCAAACACCUAAACUCUCCCUUGGAAAUAAAUAUGGUGCCCUGUCGCAAGAUCAAAGCUGAAAGCACUCCUUGCGAUUAGAUCAGACAACGGACACGCAUUGUUAUAUCAUCGCCUCCUUUCCAUUUCGUGGCCCAGCUAAGCCGCAAAACAUUUCAUAGGAUAGAAUAUUAUGUGUACCAUAGCAUGCAUAUAUAUAUACAUAUGUAUAUGUAUGAUAUAUGUAUAUAUAAAUAUGUACGCGCAUAAUGUACACCGUGUACAUGUCCGUGUUUUGAAAAGCCCAGGGCAAAAUUCUGAUUCGACUGGUAAACAGGAUUCAUCGUGCUUGUGUAACAGGAGCAACUUAGGUCCUUCUAAGCAUCGAACGACAUUCUUACAAUGAAAUCGUAUUUUACAAGUGAAAACUUAUUUUCAUACUGUGUGCUCAAAUGUUAGCCUCACUUUUAUAUUUAAUUUUAUAAACUUGUAAGAUUGUACUGCAUCAAGAAGUAUAAUCGCGUCAAGAUAGGAAAGAAAUAUAGUGCGGCGCUCAGAUUCUCUCGGAGAAUUUUUCUGUGAAUAUAUAUUAAAUGUGGGAAAUACUCUUA